UGGCAGUCUGCAUCGCACCGUCAAAAAGCAAUCCAACGAUGGACCCGGCGACCAACAGUAUAGCCAGCAGCGCCCCAGACCAACGCCAACUUCGCCUGAUCGCGGCCGCCGUGCAACUGAACGAAACGCGCAUCCGCGACAUCCUCUCCGAAGACCCCAACAGUUGGACUUCGGCCACCGACCGCGAUGCCCUCCGCCAAUCCCUGCAGAAAGUCGCGGCCCGCGGCAAACUCGACCUCGUGCGCCUCCUGCUCGCUCACGGUGCCGACCCUGACGCCAAACCCGGACGCGACAAUGAGAUCCCCGCUAUCUUCAAGGCAGCCGAGGGAGGCCAUGCGGCCAUAAUCACGGAGCUGAUCGCGCGCGGUGCUGAUCCAGACUGGAAACAUCCGAGGACGGGGCAGACGGCGCUUUUUGCGGCGGCAUGUCGGAGCCAUGUUGCGGCCAUGGGCGCGCUGUUGGACGGCGGCGCAUCGAUUGGAAUCCGGGACAAGGACGGGCGUACCCCACUGCUAUACAUUGCUUCGGACAAGAAGGCUGGCAAGUGCUCGGCGGAGACGUUGAAGCUGCUGGUGGAUCGCGGCGCCGACCUGGAGGCUAGAGAUCCUAUCAGUCGCACACCGCUGGUCUGGGCUGCCACAACUGGUAACCUGAAACUGCUGGAUAUUUGCACGAGCGGUUGUCUGGGCAAAAGGGCGGACAUGACAGCGACAAACAACCGCGGGAGAACGGCGUUGCACCUGGCAGCGGAGCAGAACCACCCCGAGAUGGUCAGGCUGCUGCUGGAGCGGGGAGCGGACCCAAGCGCGGUCAGCGACGGCGGCUGGACGGCACUGCAUAAUGCAGCGCAGGGAGGACAUACAGAUGUUAUUGCCCUUCUGUUGCAAGCAAGGGGUGUUGAUGUUAACGCGGAACUGAACAAUGGCAUGACACCACUGCACUGGGCGGCGUUCAAUGGGCACGAGGCGGCUGUGGUACUACUGCUCGAGCACAAGGAUACCAAAGUGGACAUUAAGGACGGAUUCUAUCGGACUCCACUAUUGUGCGCCGCCGAAAAGAGACAUGGAAACAUUGUGCAGCUGCUUUCACCUGCGCGUGCUGCGUCCCGGCUUUCCGAAGCAGCGCGGCGAGCCUGCGAGAGCUUUCAGGCUACUGUAGUCGACUUUGGCGACUUUCGAGAUGGCAAGAAGCAGCUUGUGUUCAAGCCAUCUGUUUUUGACCUGCUCUACGGGUGGGACCACGAAAACAACAAGCCGACGAUUCCAACCUCAACCAAGAACAUCAAGUAUGAACCUUCUUUCCGGUGGAUCCACCUCCCGGCCAACAACCUCGCCUGGGUAGAGACGCUCGUGUCCAAAUCAUUCAUUGAGAACGGGCACCGCGACAUUGAAGCUUUCAAGUCACUAGAGAGAUGCUUUGACCAGGAGCACUGCGGGCCGUUUGCACACGCCAAUUUUAUGAGGACUUUUGCAGCGCGUAUCCCGGCCAUUCAGAAUCAUGGGUACCUUGAGAGGGAGGAGAAGACGCUUGUGGCACUGUCGGAAGAUCCUUCAGAUAUCAGCACCAUAAUCGAUUCGCCAAAGCCUGACAAAGGCCACUUUUCACCCACAAAGCCCACUAGAUCAGACACCGGCGGUACAAAGCCUAUUUCACGAUCGGAUACUGGCAGCACAACGGCCAAGUCCGAUGGCAAGAAGAAGAGUAAAGGCGAGCAGUUUGUAGAACGACAUGGCCCUGCCAAGAAGAGAGCACGUGGGCCUCCAGGGAACGCCCCUGGAACCAAGGCUCGCCACAGUAGCUUGACAUUGCCGCUGCCUUGGGAGAAUUCUCGAUUGGCCGCACCAAGCGGGCGGAUGAUAUUGUUUAUGCCUUUUCUUCACUAUGAAACCAAUGAAAGACGCAAGAAAAUGACGGCAGCCAUCAAACUCGCCGAAUCUGGCGCACCUCUACCCUCAAAUCCCUGUUGCGACGAGCUUCUCAUCCACGGCUACAUCAACAACAACCCACCAUUGCAUCCGCGACGUACCCUCGACCAAUUUUUCUAUCAUGGCAUCGAUACAACCCUCCGAGACGAAGAUCAGGUCGUGUACAGAUACUGCAAGCUGCACCGCCAAGAGAUCAAGGUCUUUAUGGUCGAUCAACUCUGGCUGUGGGUGCUCAGCCGAGAUCUUGUGAUCACAUGCUUUCCUCAGCGGUGGGACCAACCGAAACAAGAUCCGUUAAACAUGUUAGACGGUAUUAUAGAGGAGACAAAUGCCAAGACGCGACCUCCGGUACAGACUGUGUACGAUCUUGCCAUGCUCAUCACGAACCGAUGCGCCGGGCUCUUUGACCGUCACAGGCUGGACAAUCAAGAGUUUCAGUUUCUGGACAUUUUCGAGAGUUCUAUUGGCAGGGUGACCAACCGAGAGAGUGAGCUGUUUGUCCGCUUCAAUCGCGCGUCGGAACUGUCUGGAAAGUUGAGGAAGAAGUUGGCAGGACGUGCUCCCAGACCCGUCAACGAUCGAGACCCGGCCGACGAGCUUCUGGACAUUGGCAGUGAGACGGAGCUGCUGGCUGAGAUCAAGGACAUCCGGGACGAGCUCAACAUCCUCCACACGGUAUUGAAUGGUCAGAUGAUUGUUCUGGACGAGUUUGAACGACACAUCACCGAAGAGGUGCGGGCAUCGACAGCGGCGGAUCCAUCAGCCAGGCGGACGACCGACAUGUUUGUAGCCGACUGCAAGAGACGGUCCAGGGAUCAGAGGCGGCUGCUCGAGACGCAUCUCGAGGACAUUAUCCGAAUCAACAGACAAUCCGAAAGCAUCUACCACUCUCUCACGAACCUCCUCGACCUCAAGCAGAAGCAUAGCAACGCCCUCGAGGCAAGAUUUGCUCGAGACCAGGCCGUGAUAGCCGCACGACAAGGCCAGACGGUAAUGGUCUUCACCCUUGUAACUAUCGUCUUCCUACCAAUGAGCUUCAUCGCCGCCUUCUUUGCCAUCAACUUCCGAGAGUGGCAGGAUCCUGAUGGACAGCCCGGUCUCAGUAUCGGGUUUGCGAGUAAAUACAUGUUUGGCAUCGGGCUGGGGAUAUCCAUCCCUCUGAUCAUCGUGGCUUUCACCGUCACAGAUGUUGUAGAUGCAGUACAGGGCUUCGUAGGCAACCUAGCUAGAAAACCGAAAGGCAAACCCGAUGAGGAUUCGCAGCCCGAGCUGAGGCGCCUGUCCAGUUCUCGACAUCAACAGCCGCUCAACCUAGACAUGAACGGGGUGUCCCGGCGGAAGCCUGGCUACGCGGGUCUCUCUCCUCCUCCAUCGGCAGGGAGCCCAAUAUCCCCCAUGGUUCCGGGGCUUUAUGAUGGGCACCGACUCUUGCCACUUGCUGGCACAGGAUUCAGGCCCCGGUCAGGUAGCGGCAUCUCUUGGGCACCUCGUUCGAGCUUUGAUCGUCGCAAGGGCGACGGAGACCUCGAAAAGGGAAACUAUUUGAGGACGAUGGCAACGUGA